AUGAAUGCAAGAAGUAACACACAUGCUAACCCUACAGUAUCGGUUGGAAUAGAGAUGUAUGAUCCUAGUCUUGUGCCGUCGAUGACAAUACCGACGAGCGGUGCAGUCAGAUUUGCCAUGGGAGCUACACAUGAUAUAGAGCUCCCAGAUAGCAAUAGUGAUGAUGAUGCAAAUAUGGAUGAAGAGGCUAUAGACGACCAAUUGUUGAUCGGACCUAAAGCAAAUGAGUAUCACACAGUACAAUCUCCUCGAAGAAUACAGGAAGAUAGACUAGUUGGUUUCACUGCACUGAAAACUGAAACAUUCGACAACAAUUUUAAAGAUCUAGAGGAGCUGAAACGCAAAAAAGAAUUGCUACAUCUCGCCGAAAAUUACCUCAACAGCAAAUUAUAUACUCCAAAGCUAGAGGCGCUGCAGAGGCUUGUGGAACCUGGAAAGUACGCCGAUGCUGUAGAACAACGACUUGAGUUCGGCCAUACUGCUGAUAUAUCUGUUCCUACUAGUGUCCCCGGUGAUUCUAAAGAGAGCAAGGGGUAUGGAUCAUCAAGUUCUCGUGAACUUAUUAAACUUGGUGCCGCAGACGCACCAACAUCUGGUGGCCACCGGGAUAUACAGGGUCCUGAUGAUAAGGGAGAUAAUCGAUACAAAAGCUCUCAUAUUCAGCGGCCGCCUGUGGAAGCCAAGGGUCACACAGACAAUGUGGUGACAUUGGUAUCCAGCAACGAACUUAUCAAUGGAAUAAAAAAGAAAAGGAUCACAGUUCCAAAAUCUGCAUAUCAACCUCUAAAGGUUAAGGAUGCUCCUAAGAAAGUCCUCCUUAAAGUCGUUGGUAAUGCCAAGCUAGACUGUGAAACCUAUGAUCGCAAUGACCCCGAGAGCUGGUUGCAAGCUAUAGAGAAACAUUUAGAAUCACUAACAGAGAGCGUGGAGUUAUAUGGCACUUCUAUAGUGGAUCCUAAAGCGGUGAUCACGCAACUAGAGGCUUUGAGGCCCCCGUGGAUGCCACCGGAGAUAUUCUUCCUUUUCUGUAUGAAACCAAUCGGCAUGGAACCACACGAAUUUCUAAAAAUCAUCGAAUCACACAAUAUAAAUGAGUGUCAUGAUGCUUUUCACAAGUUCAAUAUCGUCAAUACCAACGCCAUGGGCUACGUGCUGGACGCCGAAAACGAGGCUGUGGAGGAGCUUGCCAAACUUAAUAGAAUGCAUAAAAGGCUUGUGAAUGAGCAGGAUAUAUAUACGAAGAUACUCUCAAAAAUGACAGAGAACUUCAAUAACCAAGUUGAUGACCUGCUCCAAAUUACAAGGCAGGAUCUCAGACUUGAGUCAGGUGAUGCAUACCUACAAUACGGCUCGAUUAAGAAUAUUACCACAUGGCAAAAGGGUGACCCUGUUUUACGCGAGAAGGGGUUCUCACAUGACAGGGCUUCUAAGGAUAAAAUGAAAACGUUACAACGAAUGCAGGAGAUCUUCGGCGACGGCUCAAACAUCACCUACGAGUCAUCGUCAGCCGAUGAGGCCAAAUAUAUAUAUUACAUGAAACUACUACAGGAUAUGGAGGAUAGUGAACGUGAAGAGUUACAGCAGCAGGUGGCUAGAGACCGUAUGCAGGCUCUCGCAGAAUACUCGGUUAUGGAACCUACGUUUAAACCAGACGUAUGUCUCGCGUGGAAGGCCGUGGGUGUGUCCUGCAACUCAGUAAUUUGGAAGAUGUACAACACUGUUGAGUGUUCGCCUGUAAUAUAUAAGUUACGGUCUCUAGAAGCUGUCGACAGUUCUACCGUAGCCACUUUGCAAAGAGCUUAUGAGCAAGCGUUUGACAAACUUAAGCAGGCAGAACAAAGGUUGGCAUCUACAAAGGUCAAAUUUGCCAAUGGGUUUGAAAUCCGACCUGAUUGUAUCGUAGAACGCAUGGUAUUCAUUAGAGAUACUCCAGUGUCGGAGCUGUUUGAAAAAAUGGCCCAAAUGAAGGCAGCCAAACGCUUCGAGCAGGCACAGGUUGUCGUGAGAGAAAUCGCAAAAAUGGUAUACCAGUUACAAAAUUUAGACUUUAUACUACCUCUUAAAUCUAGUAGGAUCUACUUUUUUGCGGGAGGUGCUAAACUGUCCAUGGGCAUUCCACAGUCGUUACUUUCAGUGGGAGCCAGGCAGGCUCUCAGAGAUCACGAGAAAACGACUAUCGCAUCUCUUCUAUGGGGGAAAAAAUUAGAGUGGUAUUUGCCACCUGAAGCAAAAGGUGAUCCUGCUUUCACAAGGGACACUAUUGCGGUGUCUAAGGCACACGUGUGGAUGAUCGGUAAAAUUCUCUAUGAAGGCACAUGCCAGACACCGUUAUCAAGGGUCGCAUUAGACCGUGAACAAAUUGAACUGUGUGAAGAUGUGGGCACUCGUGACUUUCUCAACUUAUGUUUAUCGGAGAACACAUCUAAGCGACCUACCGUCGAGGAGCUGCUUAAACACCCAUUCAUGAAGAGACACAAGGUGAACUCCGGUGUUCUGGGACCUGUGGAUGUAGGAAAGGUACAAUGCGCUGUGGAGAUCCUUGGCGAUAUCGAGACGAUUGUUCUUAACAAAAUCAAUCGCACCGAAAAGGGAGUUGCGGACUAUGAACAGAAUGACAAUUGGGAUACCGUUCUUGGAGAAAGUGACGAAUAUCACCCUGGUCCACUUGGGAGCAAGUACGGAGGGGAAUUCCCCGACUCCAAUGGCCACUUAUCUCGUGAAAUGGAGAUUUUCGCCAAGGAGGUGCUCCUCCGUUGGAUGGAAAGCUCCAAAAUCACAUCCGUCGCUUGGUGUUUCAAUAACCUCAUUAUAGGCAACGAUUCUGGUGAAUUGUAUGCCUUCCAGGCAGCCGAUAUACAGGGUCCCGUGGACGCAGAUGUAUACAAGUUCGCCAAGGUUAGCAGCCAGAGCAUAGCGCGUAUAUGCCCUCUAGAUCCGGAGGAAUGGCUCUUAGUGCUCAAUGCUGUUGGAGACCUCUACGCAGUCAAUGCCUUCUUCAAAGGUCCACCUUCCAUACUUGCCAAGAACGUUACUUGCGUUGUUAGGCAGCUUGGAGAUGGUAAUCACGAUGGUAGUGGUACUAAUGGUUCGCUUAAGAAGCUGAACCAGUUUUGUCUGGGUUUCGACAACAAAAUGCAUAUCUACUCAGCCGAAGGAGAGAAAUUGACACAGAUACGAUCUAUCACUGUUGAUGGUAUAGUUUUGAGUGCCGCAUGGCUUAACAAUACUAUCGUUGUCGGUACUAAGGAGGCGUAUUAUAUAAUGGAUGCUGAAUGUAGAUUGUGCCAUGAGCUAUGUAGUUUGAAGACAGGUGACCUGGAAACUGAAGUGCUACCUCUUACCGCUGCUUGUGUGGACGGUGAUAUAAUGGUAGUAUGUCAAAAUAUCGGUAUAUUUUAUAAUACACAAACAAUGGCCUUGUCCAAGAAAAAUACAAUACACUGGAGAAACAGGCUUGAAGCUCUGGGUUGCGUACCACCGUUCAUCGUAGGAAUCACUGUGGAUAGAAUUAUAGAAGUAUAUGGAGUUAGGGGCCAGCUUUUGUAUCAGAUAAUUGAUCAAAUGAACGCCAAAUGUGUACAAUAUAUACCUGAUAGAGAAUGCAUGAUCACCUCCACACCUAAUGUUGUUACCUUAUUGAGACCAAAGACGUAUCACCAGUGUAUUGCCGAUAUGGUGGAACUGAAGGACAUAAAGCAAGUGUUGCACAUAGUUGAAGUUUAUUUCGAGACCGAUGAUCCCAGACGAUCUACCGAGAUGAGGGUGGCCCAUACCAUUGCAGGGUGGAUGAGAUUCAGCGAUGUUAACUUUCCGCUGGCAUUCCAGCACUUUACCCUUGGCGAUGUUGAUAUUGUUCAAUUGUUAGAGUUCUGGAACCAUUAUGCGGAGAUAGUUGUCCCUGAGUCGUAUGUCAGGAAUGUUGCAGUACCGAUGUUACUGAGAAAGUAUAUACCCAGUGCCAUUGGGAUUCGAGAAUUUGUUGAUCAGAGGUAUCUCGAGCUGAAAGAUGUACUUCCGCCGAAUACUUCUAAAUUAAAGUUGUUAGAAAUGGCCAAUGUGUCAUUUGCUGCAUUUCUGUUCAAACACUUCAACGCCAAGACAAUCUUGCAAAAAAAUGGGCCUAAUAUGGAUGAAUUUCAACGUAUGCUAACAACAACUAUUGAAAAAACAUGUUUGUUACUGUUGGCUGAAUGUGAUGACCCCAAAUGUAGUUUAAUCAUCAACCUACCACAGGAAGAAACAUUCCUGGAUUUGGAUUCAUGUGGAGAGCACCUGCUGAAAAUGGACAAGAGGGAAGUGUUCGCCAAGCUGCUUAUUAAACAGCAGCGAUAUAAAGAAGCGAUGGAUAUUAUGGCGAAGUAUAUUAGUGACAAAGUUGGUGCUGUGGGUAACGAGGAUACGACGCUGGAAAUCAAAUCAGUUUGUUGCGAGCUUGCAGCGUGCCUCAACACGCUGAUCGAAACUAGCCAGCGCGAUUAUUCUGAUCAGAAACCGGAUAUCGCUAUAAAGAAUGAGAUUAACGAAAUACUCAACAUGUACCUUCCAGUGCUUCUAGCAACAUACCCAAAUGCAGCACUCGAUGUGCUCACGAGGAACCAUACAACACUUCCUUUUACGACAGAUCAAAUUAUCGCAAUGAUUGAUUUACAUGCUCCUAAGAGCUACUGUUCAUCCAAGAUGGCUAUGCGUAUUAAAUACCUCGAGGAUCUGGUCAUCAAGACUAAACACGGCAGUAUGUAUGAAAACACGUUACUGGCUAAACACUACAUAACUGAACUUACUGCACACAAGAAGUCUAAGGAUGCCAAGGACGAGGGUAUGAAUGCUGUUAAGAACACUCUGUUAGAGAUUAUGGAGUCUAACAACAAUUUGCAUAUGGCUGAAUUGGAAGCUAUGUUGGUGAAAUUGGAUAUUGUGGAGGCGACAGUUCUGUUGUACAACAAGCUCAAUCGACAUGACGAAGCGUUGCGUACAUUGUUCGAGCGUUGGAACAAAGACGAAAGGCUUCGGGUCUGUGAGGCGUACUGUCUGUGUUUUGGUGAAAUCACAGCUUCGUACGAUACCUGUGCAAAGGACGUCCCUUUCAAAAAGUUAUUCAGCAAUUUCGACUGCUGGAUGCAAAAGGCCAGAGAAUGGCCUUUAACUGGAUACGAGAUGUACAAGAUUAACAAUUCAGAUACAUCUAUCGACAGGUUGUUAUUGCAUUUACUGACGAUUAUUGUCCAACACUCCGACAGUGACGACUCUUGUGUCUAUCUUGCCCGCGACCUGCUUGCAAAAUAUAUCCCUUUAUGUACUCACAAGGCGGUACUAAACGGCAGCACUGUAGUGGAGCUUUUGCCUGAGAAUUGGAACUUUGCUAUAUUUGCAAAUAUAUUCAUGCAGCUACAACUAAAAGCGCUUCACGAACAGAGGUCGAUGGCAAUGAGACGUGGACUCACAAGAUCGCUCCAUUCGCAAACCGCUAAGCAUCUGUACAAACUAACGUGUGUGCCACCCAUCACCAUAGACGCGAGGUCCACUUGUGCUAUUUGCCAAGAACCUAUAAAGCUUGGUAUGUCAAUCGCAAUACCACCCCCUAACCAGAGUGAGAAUUCUCAACAACCGUGGGCCAGGCAACAUGUUAUUAUGCAUGAGCAAUGUGCAAAAGGCGUGCACGAUAAGUGA